AUGGCCUUUUUCUUUCUUGAUCCACCCAACUGGCAACAACAUCCAGAUCAUCAAGCUGGGUCUGGUAGCAGUGCAAUCGCCCAACACCCUCCUCCUCCUCCACCGCCGCCACCUUCACAACCACGUGGAGUAGAUGGAGGAGCGGGCUCGAUCCGGCCGGGUUCUAUGGCCGAUCGAGCUCGUUUGGCCAACAUACCGAUGCCGGAGGCAGCAUUAAAGUGCCCAAGAUGUGAAUCAACCAACACAAAGUUUUGCUACUUCAACAACUACAGCCUUACACAGCCUCGUCACUUUUGCAGAACUUGCAGAAGGUAUUGGACUAGAGGGGGUGCCCUAAGGAAUGUCCCUGUGGGAGGCGGGUGCCGUGGGAACAAGAGAAACAAAGGAAGCCGAUCGAAAUCUCCGUUGAGUGGCGACCGGCAAAUGGCAUCCGGUUCCUCGAAUACUAUUAUUUCUUCAAACAGUUGUGGAAGAGCUGAUAUUUUGGAACUUGGAGUUGGACCUCAGGCUCCUACACGUAGGUUCAUGGCUCCCUUGCUUCACCUUAAUGAAUAUGGUGGCAGUGCUGCUGAUAUUGGGUUGAAUUACGGUUUGAUUUCGGCUCCACAAGGAGGAACAAAUGAUCACUUAAGUUUUCAAAUAGGAAGUGAGGCUGGCGGCAGUGGCCGCGGUGCCGCCGGAACUUCACUUUUGACUAUGAGUGGUUUGGACGGCCAGUGGCGGCUACAACAACCGCCGCCACAAUUUCUCUUCCUUGGAGGCUUGGAACCCCCGUACCAAUUUGAAAGCGGAGGUAUUGGUCAUCAGGUUCAGCCUAGGACACCGAUCUCAUCAAUGGCAAGUCAAAUUGCUUCAGUGAAAAUGGAAGAUAGUAAUAAUAAUAAUAAUAAUCGUACAUUUUUGGGGUUUCAAGGAAAUGAUCGAAUCUGGGGUGGAACUCCAUGGACGGAUCUUUCGAGUUUCAGUUCAUCAUCAACAAACAACAAUUUAUAGAUUUGGGUUUUCUCUUUUACACUCUAUCUCUUAUCUUGUUUAAAGAACUGGGUGUUGGAGCUUCUUUUUCUUUUGCUACCCUUAGCUUCCAUUAAAGAAAAAAAAAA